GAUUUUAACUUCCGCAAAUUACGUAGGUGAUCAACACGGUACGGGAUCGGGAAACACCGAGAAGUUUCGCAACAAAGUUACAAAAAAACGACUCAGAAACAAUAAGGCAUGAUAAAGUUUCUUCAAGUGGGACCUGUAUAGAUUCUUCACAUUUUGGAAAACAGCAAUCGAAGGACUAAUGUUACGUUGACGUUCGUUUUGAAGACGUUGAGAGUAGGAAUCGCACACUGCCUAGGCGUGUGUACAAACUCAUGAACUUAUUCUUGUGGUUCUUGUGUUGUGUGGAGUCUCACUCAGCGCAUAGAGAAGAGUGUGUAGAUUUAGUGCGUGUGCAGCAUUGCCAUUGGCAGACAAGACAGGCUGCUGUCAGUGUCAGACUGUUGUGAGAGUUUUUUUGUUGUUGGCAGAUUAACCUGCAAUAAAUAGGAUCAGUCUGUACGGUAUAACAUGAACAUUCAUUGAGCAGGAUUUAUUGGAAAGUAUGGAGUACGUGGCACAAUUUGACUUUACGCCAUCAAAGGAUGAUCAGGAUGAACUUGGCUUCAAGAAAGGCGAAGUAUUGAAGGUAACAAAGAGAGAAGACAGGCAUUGGUUGUUUGCUCACAUUGGACCAAAGAAAGGAUUAGUGCCAGAAAAUUAUCUUAAACCUGAAGAACACAAAUGGUAUAAUGGUGGACUCACGAGAAAAAUGGCAGAGGAGAAACUUAUGGACUUGGAAGAUGGUGCCUUUUUGGUGAGAGAUUCAGAAAGCACUCCUGGUAAAGGAAACUUCUCCCUCUCUGUCAAGUUUCAAAAUGCAGUACAACAUUUCAAAAUUCUAACAGAUCAGUCUGGAAAAUACUUCCUGUGGGUGGUCAAAUUCCUCUCUGUAAAUGAACUCGUACAUUAUCACAUGAAACACUCAGUCAGUAGAUCACAGACUAUAGUUCUCCAGGAACCAUAUGAUAUUGAAAAGGAUGAACAGAUGCUUCAGCAGAGAGAACCGGCUAAUCAGUUUCAACAGCGAGAGCCUAAUCAGUUUCAACAGAGAGAGGUGAGUCUUUAUAACAUGAAUAUUUACAUCCCUGAUAAUAUUAAAUCAUUUGUGGUAUGAAUUAUUGGUGGGAAA